AUGAACUCUGGCAAAGCCAAGAUUUCCAAGCCAGCACCUUAUUGGGAAGGGACCGCUGUGAUAAAUGGAGAAUUUAAGGAGCUCAAGUUAAGUGAUUACAAUGGAAAAUACCUGGUUUUCUUCUUCUAUCCACUUGAUUUCACUUUUGUGUGUCCAACGGAAAUUAUCGCCUUCGGUGACAGAAUGGAAGAAUUCAGAUCUGUAAACACCGAAGUGGUGGCGUGCUCUGUCGAUUCACAGUUUACCCACUUGGCCUGGAUCAACACCCCUCGAAGACAAGGAGGACUUGGGCCAAUAAAGAUUCCACUUCUUUCCGAUCUGACCCAUCAGAUCGCAAAGGACUAUGGCGUGUAUCUGGAAGACUCCGGCCACACUCUUAGAGGCCUCUUCAUUAUUGAUGGCAAAGGGAUCCUGAGACAGAUUACUCUGAAUGACCUUCCUGUGGGGAGAUCCGUGGAUGAGACACUGCGUCUGGUUCAAGCAUUCCAGUACACCGAUAAACAUGGCGAAGUGUGCCCUGCUGGCUGGAAACCUGGUAGUGAAACAAUAAUCCCAGAUCCAGCUGGGAAACUGAAGUAUUUCGACAAACUGAACUGAAG